AUGCCUGGCCCAGAGGAGGUGGAGACUACGGCUCCAGCGGCUUCAGCUCGAGCCCCUGCCACGCUGCGCCUCCCUCCAUUCUCUGCAUCAGAGCCAGAGCUGUGGCUUCUGCAGGUGCAGUUUGCGUUUGACGCAGCUGGCAUCUCUGACGACCUGGCUCGCUUCCGGAUCCUGGCCGCCAACCUGCCCAUGGAGGUGGCACGAGAUGUGAAGGACAAGCUGAUGACCAACCAGCCCUCGUAUGCCUGCCUCACUAAGGCACUGAAGGACAGGAUGAUGGAGACCCGGGCCGAGCGACUUCAGAAGCUCCUCCAACACCAGCACCUCGGAGACCAGAAGCCAUCACAGCUCCUCCGCAGAAUGAAGGCAGAGCUGGGCUCAGAUGGUGCAGACGACAGCAUCCUGAGGCAGCUGUUCCUCAACCGCUUGUCGCCUGUCACCAGGGCUGCUGUCGCCAUCCUGCCAGAUGAUGCCCGCCUGGAAGAUGUCGCCACUGCUGCAGACCGCUUCCUGCAAGCACAGCGGGACACGGAGAACAGCCCGUUGGCUGCACUCUCCACUGGAUCUGCCCCGGCUCAGGAGGCUGAAGGGACAGCCACCCUCGCCUCCCUCCAGACCACGAUCGCUGCCCUGACAGCAUCAGUGGCGCGACUGGACGCAUCUUUGCAGGCGCGGCCACGAGAAGGUGCUGCUGCUGCCAGCCCACCGCCCUUCCGCCGGAACCGCAGCCGAUCCAGAAGCCGCAACCAGGCGUGCUUCUACCAUGCGAAGUUCGGUGCUGCUGCCCGCAAAUGCAAGCCACCAUGUUCCUUUGCGGGAAACUCUCAGGCCUGA